GACACUUUGGGAUGGUCGAGUUUUCCCAAAUGAGCCGUGGGGGAGGGCGGCCUGGGAUGUGCACACUCAGGAAGUCACAGAUUUGUGCAAAAAAUAAAGCUGCCCCCCAGGCCAGGACUUGUUUGCUUGGCUCAGUGCUCUUCAGCUCCAUAAAGUCUCAAGCAUGGACAAUGUCACUCGCCUCUCCUCUCUGCUGGCCUUCCUCUAUUAUAUUACCAUCAUCGCUGGAGCGCUGAACAAACCAAGACCUUUUAGUCUCAGGCCUCAUGGGACUCACCGUUUCAGCCACCGAGCGUUGAAUUUAGGGCAAAGGAUGACAGAAGAUGGUAAGAAGUGCAAAUUCCCGUUUCGUUUUGGUGGCCGAGUGUAUUUCACAUGUAUAACCAGAGCUCCCUUCUACAGAAAAUGGUGUGCAACAACACAUAGCUAUGACCGAGACAGAGAAUGGGGUUACUGCACUGAUACCGACAGGGGUGUAGCCAUACAAAAUUACUGUGCAGAGAACCCAUGUGAACACGGAGGCACCUGUUACAAUGUAGCCGAUAGGGGCACCUAUCACUGUAUAUGCCCGGAGGGUUACACUGGGAAGGACUGUGAAAAAGAGAAAUGUUUCGAUAAGACCCAUUAUGAAUUCUAUGAUAUUGGAGCAAGCUGGCCAAGAAUUCACAUUGGAAGAGUGGAGUCAUGCACGUGCUUCGAAGGCAACAAUAUAAUGUGUCUGGCUGGAGAGCGAUAUAAAGCCUGCAUAGAAAAUCCUUGCCUCAAUGGUGGAGCCUGUCGUCUAAUGUCGUCAUCUGGGAAAACAGUAUGUGGAUGCAGAGGAGAACAUGUUGGAAAAUACUGUAAUAUUGACAUCAAACAGAGCUGUUACGAUUCUGACAAUGCAACGGAGUACCAGGGGAUCGAGAAGAGAACCCAGUCUGGGCACAGUUGCCUCCCGUGGAACUCAGACAUGCUUUAUGAAGAGAUUCACACUGGCCAGGGGAUUAAUUUUAUAGCUAAGGGUUUGGGAUCCCAUCCAUACUGCAGAAGUCCAGACAACGAUGAGAUCCCAUGGUGCUACUUAAUGAAGGAUCGUUUAGUAUCCUGGGAACACUGCCGGAUACCAAAAUGUGACAAGGGAAGGAGGGUGGUUGUACAAGAAGAUGCUGCUGUAUCCAGUACACAGCCAAAAUGUGGAAAAAAACAUGAAAAGCGCGUUGUUGCAAGAGGCCGGAUCCUGGGUUGAAAUUCAGUCUUACCUGGGGCCCACCCUUGGAUUGCUGGGAUAUAUAUUGGCAACUAUUUCUGUGCUGGAAGCCUUAUUCAGCCAUGUUGGGUGGUCUCUGCCGCUCAAUGCUUUGCAGACAGCCCUCCAAAGUCAAAAAUCCGUGUGGUCCUUGGACAGCAGUCCUUCAACCAAACCACUGAUGUGACACAAACUUUUGAGGUCGAGAGAUACAUUUUUUAUGACAAAUAUUCUGUCUUUAAAGGACCACGCACUGAACAUGAUAUUGUUCUAAUAAAACUAAAGAGAGUUAACAAUGCGUGUGCAAAGAAGAACCAGUUCGUCCAGACCAUCUGUCUACCCGAUGAAAGCAUACCUUUUACUGAUGACCACCACUGCCAGAUUGCCGGAUGGGGUCGCAUGCAUGAAGAUUCAACAGAGUAUGCACAAAAUCUGCAAGAAGCUAUCGUGCCACUUGUGCCUGAUAACAAAUGCAGCAGCCCAGAAAUCUAUGGAGCAGAGAUCAGUGAAAAUAUGUUCUGCGCGGGAUAUUUUGACUGCACUAUAGAUGCCUGUCAGGGGGACUCUGGAGGACCUCUGGCUUGUGAAAAGGACAAGAUAUCUUAUCUGUGGGGAAUUGUCAGCUGGGGAGAUGGAUGCGGCAGCCUCAACAAGCCUGGAGUCUACACUAAAGUCUCCAACUACGUGGACUGGAUCAAUCGUAAAAUCAUGCCAAAGAAAACUGACUAGAACUCGGAAUCCAUGAAAGCCCCCUAGAUAUUUGAACUGGUGGCAGUUUUCAUCUUAUCGUUUAUUCUUACUCCAAUGAGUUGAGUAAGAACAACUUUCAUGCAGAAAGAUUAACAAUUAAAACACCAUCAUUGUAGUAUUUCAAAUAUAAUUGUAUAUAGAAUGUAAAUGGAGGCUUCAAUAAGUUGAAUAAUGAUUUUCAUAAUAUUAUAUUUUCUUGCUUGUUCUUUAUUCUUCUAAAUUGUUGCCCCUCCAUCGACUACAAUGGGAAUUGUGUUAAAAAAGGUGGUAUGGGUGAAUUUUCAGUUGAAUCUGGAAAUAUGCCUGCACCCCAUUUUAAGCAUGACAUGGUCGAAAUUCUUAUUAGCCAUACGGCUAAUAGGGUUAUACUAGCAACGCAGGAUACUUAUGUAGAGGCUGACUCAUUCAGCAUAGCAAAUUCAUAGCAAAAAAUGCUGAAAAUAACCCAGAAACAUAAUGUAUUCUCAAAGAGAUGCGCCUCCAGGAUUAGAAUAUAACAAACAACACACCACUCAACUAUUGCACCUACACUUUCAUUUCAAAUUCUUCAUUUGUCAAAGCGAAAUUCAAGGUCAGAAACAAUUUGUACAGAUGCACAGAUAUUUCUAUGAGUUUAACACUCUGUAUUUCAUUAUUUUCUACAGUGUUCAGAUCAUAUAAUGCAGCAGCUAAAGGCACGCAGUGGAUAUAUCUAUAUUUAUAGACACAUUCUGAUUACAUUAUUAAUCAUUAGUAGAAAGUUUUCGAACCCUUUCACUGCAGUGGCAAACUGAUGAUAUUAAUAUAGGUAAGGGAUCUAUUAUCCGGAAAACCAAUAUCAAGAAAGCUCAGAAUUACGGAAAGGCAUCUUCCAAAGAUUCCACUUUAUCUAAAUUAUCCGAAUUUUUAAAAAUAGUUUAUUUUUUCUCUGUAAUAAUAAAACAGUAGCUUGUACUUGAUCCCAACUAAGAUAUAAUUAAUCCUUAUUGGAAGCAAAACCAGC